AAACGGGCAAAAAAAGGUCACACUGACAUCCAGCUGUUUGAGUGACUCCUGCGCUCUAUAUUUGAACUGAAAUAAAAAGGGAGUGGAACAUUUAAUGCAGCAUCUGUAUUUGUCUUACUGCUGGGCUCCUUCUUUCCUUUUGCCCCCCUCUUCGUGGAGGGAGGGGCUGGCUUUUUGGGGGGAAGCCAUACAGUCAGUUUGCAGCUUUCUUUGGAUCAGAUCUCUUCGAUUUCUCUUGGAUUUCACUGGAAAGUUCCUCUUUGCGACACAGUUGUUUAUGUGCAGAUGACAGUCGGACCGGUUUACGUAAAACUGGAUGCAGCUUGGAAAAAAAAAAACAAGAAGGGAGACAGAGUGAGAUAAAGGCUUGCUGAUGCCCGUUGGGAUAAAGGGCUGACAUCACAGUAAGAUGGAGAGAUUUGUUUAGAGGUACAGAGGGAGGGUGAAGAGAGGACAGUGGGAGGGAGGAUAGAGGCAGGAUCCAGCCCUCUGGGACAGCGCCGUGGUUUUUGGGGGGUGGACAGAGCAGCUUUGUGUGCAGAACAUCACCGGACACCAACAGGAGGGGAAGCUGCCAGUCGUUCUGUGUGUGUCUGUAGUGAAACCAGACCUACCUCCAUCUGCUGCCCAAGAAAUGCCGGAUUAAACUCAGAACAGGGACUGGAAUGGAUUGGAGAACUCUGGAGUAAAAAAAAAAAAAACAAAAUCAGAGAUUCAUAUCUGGACUUUGUCCACGAGUCUGUGUUGGUACUUGAGUGUGCAGCUCAUGGUGGUGGUGAGCGAUGCCGGUCUGACGGAGCUCCACCGCCAGAUGCCUGCUGCUGUGCUCCAGAGCCCCGCGCCAGCCGGGCCCGACUGGAGCUUCCAGAACCCGGUGGGGGUGGACUGCAGCUCCCCGGAGCCUCGCUGCAUUUGGGUGGCGGUUCUCCGGGGAACCUCGGACCCGCUCGCCCCCACCAUGCCAGCCGAGCACGGCCAGAGCUUUCACCAUCUCCGGGCCAAAGGGUGGCGGGAUGGUCUCUCCUCGGCCGGUGACAACCCCAGGCCGCCAAUGGCAACCCGGCCUGGGAGGGAGGGGCUCGGCACGGGCUGGAAGGGCCCCCGGACGCUGGUCCUCCACAAGAACUCCCAGGGUUUUGGUUUCACCCUGCGCCACUUCAUCGUUUACCCUCCAGAAUCCGCCCUGCACACCACCCUCAAGGACGAGGAGAAUGGAAACGGAAAGGGAUUACAGAAAGGUCACCUGGAGCCGAUGGACACCAUAUUUGUGAAGAAUGUGAGAGAAAAAGGCCCCGCCCACCAGGCAGGCUUGUGCACAGGGGAUCGACUGGUGAAGGUGAAUGGAGAGAGUAUUCUUGGAAAGACGUACUCGCAGGUGAUCACCCUCAUCCAGAACAGUGAGAGUGUGUUGGAGCUCUCCAUAAUGCCAAAAGAUGAGGAUGUGCUUCAGUUGGCGUACUCCCAGGAUGCCUACCUGACCGGUAACGAGCCCUACGCCGGGGGAGCGGAGCACCUCCCGCCGCCGCCUCCCGUUUCUUACCCUCGCACCAAGACCACGUCCGUCGCAGGAGCCCCUCUGUCUGCCCCUAUGGGGCAGAACCAGCUGGAUAACUGGAGUCGCUGGCCGGGAUCUUCUGGUCCCUCGUCCCCCUUGGAUAACCUCACCGCUGUGGGCAGCCCCGCCAGCUGGCAGGAGGGGCGAGCGGGCGAGCCGGGCGGCGUGGGUCACUGCAGUCCUGCUCACCGCACUGAGGAGAUCCAGUAUGGUAUGACCAGCCAGCAGCCGCAGGGUCAGAUCAGAGGGCGGUCCUACUCAUCGUCCUCCUCGUCGGGGCCCCUGUCCAGCCCGCUGCAAGUCCACUACCCAAACCACCAGAGUGCCAUGUCUGCACAUCAGCACGGGUCCAGCUCCGCCUGGACCAGUCCGCCCCUCUCCCAGGCGAGCCAGAGCCGCACUGAUCGCUGCCAGCAGGCCCUUUCCGACUGGUACUACAACCAGCUGCCCGAGCGCCCCGGGCGCAGCGUUCAGACCCGCCAGCGCAGCUAUUCUCAGGACCGGCUGAGCGAAUCCCGGAGGCAGCAGCAGCGGGCCGGCGGCUGGCCUCACAGCGCCUCACAGGACACUUUGUUCCUACUGCAGCAGUCGGGACCAGGACCAGAACCGUACUGGUCCUAUGGAGACUGGGAGGUGGGCCCGGGUAGGGGCCAUCCUCCAUCUAACUACACUCGAACCCGAUCGGAGAAUUUGCUCGCUCAGUACAACCACCACGGCCGCUCCCUGGAGAUGUUGGACCGAGCAUCAGCAGGACUGAUCUCGGCCCGCUCUGAUAUUCCUCCGUGGUCACAACCACCCCACCGGACCGAUGCCUACGUGAGGCAGGGGGCCCACUUCAGUGGAUCCCCUUCAGCUGCCCGACGGGCCCAGUCCAAACACCUUCCCCCGGGCCAGAUGAAGGCCCAGCAGGUCUCUUCUCAGACCAGGAGGCUCCAGUCUGCCCAGAGCAUGGACGAGCAGGUGGGCUACCGCAGCUACAGCCCCUCCUUCUACCGCAAGACCGGCCGCAUCCUGCAGCAAGCUCACUCUUUCAGGGACCCGUCUUAUUCCGGUCCCCACUUGAACUGGAACCCCAAAACUAGCCCCCCCGAGGGGUCCCCCGCCCCCAUCAGUGCCUCCACAGCAUCACCCCUCGCCUUCGCCGCCCACGUACCCCAGGACAAGACAUACCGGCCAACCAACCACGAGAGGGAACGAGGGGCAGCGGAGGGCCAAAGCGAGACUCAAACGCAGGAGGUGGUGCUGAGGCAGAAACCGCCGAAUGGGCGACGGCCCACGCGGCACCCCCACUACGCUCUACCUGUGGAAGGUCUGGAACCCUCCAUGUUUUCUCCCGACCCCAAAGACUCAACCCACGGCUCCUUUGGAGACGCUGCACCACGGAAGCCGAACGGCAACCUGGCACCCCUCACCGUGGAGGAAGACUCUCUGGCCUCCAUUCCCUUCAUAGACGAGCCGACCAGCCCCAGCGCCGAUUUGCGCGCCCGACACGUACCGGCGUCCUCCGUGGUGUCCAGCGGCAUCAGCUCGGCGCCCGCCGUGGGCACCAGCCCCGCCUCCCCCACCUUCACCUUCCCCCUCACUAGGCUCUUCUCACACGACUGCAGCAGUACUAAAUCCAGUCGCCGUUCCUCCUAUCUUCUAGCCAUCAACACCGAGCGCUCCAAGUCAUGCGACGAAGGCCUCAACAAGUUCAAGGAUGAAGGACGAGGCCUACGACUACCAAAAAGAGUGAAGAGUUUCUUUGCAGACGGGUCUCCAGACAGCGUCAGAACAGCCGAGGAGAUUCGCUCCAAGCGUCACUCCACCUCCGAGCUGGGAAACAUCACCUACAGCGAUGUGUGGCGGCAAGGAUGGCUGCACUUUAAGCAGAUCGUCACGGAGAAGGGGAAGAAGGUGGGCAGCGGCAUUCGGCCGUGGAAGAGGGUGUUUUCGGUGCUCCGCUCCCAUUCGCUGUUCCUCUACAAGGACAAGCGGGAGGCCGUGCUCCGCGGAGCCAUCCUGGGCAGCACGGCCGAAGACGAGCAGCCCAUCAACAUCCGGGGCUGCCUGGUGGACAUCGCCUACUGCGAGACCAAACGGAAGCACGCCCUGCGGCUCACCACCCAGGACUUCUGCGAGUACCUGCUGCAGGCGGAGGACCGCGACGACAUGCUGGAGUGGAUCAACGUCAUCAGGGAGAGCGGCAAGAUGGACAACGAGGAGCUCGGGAUUUCCAGACAAGCCCUCAUCAAUAAGAAGCUCAACGACUACAGAAAACAAAGUCCAACGUCGAGCAAGCCGGAUUCGUCUCCGCGGAUGUCCCGCAUAAAGCCUCCCUUCAUGAUGAAUAAGACGGAGAAUGCAUCUGGGGCACCGCGCUCCCCGAAGCCAGAGGGCAAAGAUGAGAGCAAUCCUUCCAAAUCCUCCUGGAGCAUCAGCAUCAUGAAGAAGACGAAGAAGGCGGGGCCUAAAGCUUUCGGCGUGAGGCUGGAGGAGUGUCAGCCCGGUGUAAACAACAAGUUCAUCCCCUUGAUUGUGGAGAUUUGCUGCGGUCUGGUGGAGGAGAUGGGCCUGGAAUACACCGGAAUCUACCGCGUGCCGGGGAACAACGCCAUGGUGCUGCUGCUGCAGGAGCAGCUCAACAAGGGGGUGGACAUCAACCCUGCAGAGGAGAAGUGGCAGGACCUCAACGUUGUCAGCAGCUUACUCAAAUCGUUCUUCAGGAAACUUCCAGAACCGCUGUUUACCAACGACAAGUACAACGAUUUCAUCGAUGCCAAUCGGAUGGAAAACGCCUCGGACAGGCUGAGGACCAUGAAGAAACUGAUCCGAGACCUUCCAGAUCACUACUUUCACACUCUGAAAUUUCUGGUUGGACACCUGAAAACUGUGGCCGACCACUCGGACAAAAACAAGAUGGAGCCUCGGAACUUGGCUCUGGUGUUCGGGCCGACGUUGGUCCGGACCUCCGAGGACAACAUGAAAGACAUGGUCACACACAUGCCCGACCGCUACAAGAUAGUGGAGACGCUCAUCCAACAUUGCACGUGGUUUUUCACAGAGGAGCAGGACAAAGACGAGAAGACUCCAGUGGACACGGAGGACGUGCAGCCGGCUCCAAACAUCGACCACCUGCUGUCCAACAUCGGCAGGACCGGUCCGCUCGGGGAGGCUUCAGACUCAACCAACAGUGACUCGGCUAAAUCAAAGGGAUCUUGGGGAUCAAAGAAAGACCUGACGGCUAAAGACUUCCUGGCUCUGUCCAUCAUGUCUGCUGUGACGGGCCGCAAGCGCCGGAGGGGCCGCAAAAACCGCCGCGUGGGCAGCAGCACCGACGACGACUCUGAGCAUGAGCCGAUCAAAGCCGGGCAUCUCGGACCAGAGGAGGAAGAGGAGGAGGAAGAGGCGGUGUCUCCGGAGGCAGGGUCUGCUCCUCGAGCAGAAGGAGAGGAGGAUGACAACGAAGAGGAGGAGGAAGAAGAGGAGGAGGAUGAGGAAGUUGAAGGAAGCAGGCCAAAGGAGGAGGUUGUGGAGGAGGCGGCAGAGGCGGUGCCCAUCUCCAAACAGGAAGAGGAGGCGGCGGCGGCGGGAGUGAGGCAGGCGGUCGUGUUGUUGAGAGAUGAGGAGGUGCAGGUUAAGGCGAAUGGUCCGCAGUGGCGAGCGCCAGAGGACGCCCGCUCCAUUGUCUCUGGUUACUCCACCCUCUCCACGUUGGGGCGGAGCUUAGGGUCAGAGGGGAGGGGCGAGGACGCCGACGACGAGCACAGCGAGCUGGUGAGUGAGACGGACAACGAGAGCGGCUUUGCCUCACGCUCGCUGACCCAGGAGAGACCGGAGAAACACCCAGCAGCCCCGGCGACUGGAGCCCCGCCCCCACGCAGCUUCCUGUACUCACAACCCAAAUCUAACCUGUUCUCAGCCAACGCCCCCACGCCGGCCACACCCCUCUCACUCACCCCUGACUCUGCAGAGAGGGGCGAGGGACGGGCGCGCUCCAACACCACCUCGUCCUCCUCCUUCUCCUCCUCCUCCACCGCUCACCGGCUGCACUCGCGGCCGUCCUUCAACUCCCACAAACUCAUCCAGUGCGACACUCUGGCCCGGAAGAAGUCCAAAGCCCGCUCCGUGGAUCUCCUGGAGCCUCCGAGCGAGGGGACGGGCUCCGAACCAGACUCCACCCCCAGGUCCAGGCGGGACACCUCCAGGUCCAAACCCUCCUCUGGCAGCAGCCAGGAGAGCCUGCGGCAGGCCCGGCCCAGAGCGGCCGCCCCCCCCAGCGAAGCCGCCUCCUUCGCCCCCAUCGUCCCCAUCGUCCCCGGCGGCAGGACGCUGGCCGAGCAGGUCUGCGCUCGGCUGCUGGGCUCGGCCGACGACCUGCGCAGCGUGGAGCGCCGCAAGCCGCUGUCCCCCGAGACGCGCAGGAAGAGGCGGGUGUGGCGCCGGCACACCGUGGUGGCCUCGCCCACAGAGACGUCCAGCAAGAGACCCCCCCUGACCGCCAGCGACUUCCCCUCCCCUCCCAACAACCAGGUGAAAACACAAGGGCUGCCUCUGAGCGUCGACGGCCUGGAGCGGGGGCCCCUCGCACGUCAAAACCCCCCCUCCAGAUUCCACCAGUACCUGUGAGCGCCGAGCAGGUCCAAGUCGCGUGGCGGCGUUGCCAAAGCUUUUGUUUUCUAUCUCUAACAUUUUUUUUCUAAGACACACUGACAAAACAAGCAUCCUUCCUGCCGAACCGACUCAAGGGUUCGACCCUUCAAACCAAAGUAAGCCGCGGCGUUUCUCUGGUUCUCGAGGAGAACGGUGCUUCGACCAUUUCAACACAUCAGUCUUCCCGGUGUCGCCCUCCUCCGACCACAGACACUGUAACCCCCCAAAAAGGCCUUCAGUUAGAAAACACAUUUCUCCCUAACUGUUAAUAUUGUGUUUGCGCAACAAUACUCAUGUCUGAGUGUGCAAGUGUUUGUGUUUUAACUAUUUUGUAACAUUUGUAAAAAAGCCUUGUUAAGUUAACCGUGUAAAUAUAAUUUUUUUUUCUUUGUUUUUUUAUGGUUUACAAAAAUGUGCAUCCAGGCACACAGACAUUUUUUUACAGAAUGUUACUUGAAAUGUUUUCCUUAAUAUAUUAUUUGUUUAUACUCUAUAUAUAUAUUUUAUAUUAAAGUUAAAGAAAAAAAAGUACUUUUAUUGGGAUUGAACCUGUUGGGCGUACCUGUUAAAAGGAGACGAGGUCCUUAUUUCCUCAUCCUGUCUGGGAUUCGCAGCACUGUGCAGGAAACCUUUAUCUCGCCAGAUUUUGAAUAAAAACCUCCAGCGCGGAAUCGCAGAUCAUCUGGAUUACUUUGGGAGUUUGCUGCUUUUUAUUUUUGAAAAACGGUUUUCUUCAUGCAAACGAUCAAUAGAAAAAGAUAAAGUGAGUACAAACAACCCGGGACAGGUCAGGUCAUCAAUAAAUGGUACAACAGAAGCCGACUUCUAUUGUUCCUGAUGAGGAGGUGGGAAUAGCAAAAGCAGUGAGGAGUUCUAGAAAACCGGAUCCUUUCUUACCUCAAGAUUCUUCUACAAGUGCCUGAUUUCUGGAAUGUGUUUUGGUUCUGCUGUGCCAUGCGCGUUUCUCGUCUUUUUUUUUUUCUUCCUUUUGUUGUUUCUGGGUCUGCUCCCUUCUUUUGUUGCUGAUGCUGCAGCGCAUAGAUGUGUACGUUAAAGACCCACUCCGAUCCUCUUUUAAAAGUGGUCUUUUAAUUAUAAUUAUGCCGUUUUUAAGCCAACUUUAAAACAUUGUUUUCGGCAGAGCAACCCCGCCCCCCUUCCCUGUUACUGUGGCUCGCCUAGUGUAUUUUAUAACUAUUUUCAAACUUAAUUUUCUUUAUUUAUGUCCUCCAUUGUGAGAAAAAAUGCCACACAAACACUAUUUUCAUCGGAGUGCGUCUUUAACCACGAUUAAACUGAGCAAAAGAGCUGUUGAAAAGCACACUCUAGGCCCGGAGCAGAUCUGCAAACUCCCUCCGCCUUCAGCAGCUGUUUCCUGAGAGAGGAAUAAAAGAUAGCAUAGUGUUCUGAGCUGCUUUUCACGAUAAACCGAGUUUAUCUGGCUUUGCCUAAUGACCCAGAAUACGGUACACCUUAAAACCGCUGUAGGAGGUCUCACCAAGAUAACAUCCAAGUUCCUGAAGAGGAGCAAACCGCCCACCACUUCCUUGAAAGGAAACCUCAUCUGUCGGUGUGUGUCGUCUUAAUGGUUAUUGUUAAAAAGAAAAAAUGUUUGUAUAUACAUCUCAACAUGUAACAUACUGUAUGUGUACAUUUGGAAUUGCUUUAACUAAUAUGAGGACUGAAAGGAUGUCCGGCUGAAAUCAUUUCCUUAUAGCUGUUUGCUUUAAAGCAAUGUUAUAUGAUGUAAAUAAACAGAACUAUGUUUAA